AUGGCAACGGCGGCUCAACCUACACCUCUCCCGGCGGCGAGAGAAGCUCGUCCGGCUAUGGCAGUGGAAGCUCCGGUAGCUCUGGCAAGAAGUAAAGUGCUGGCACCUGCACAGCUUCUGAUGGUAUCAAGAGAGUAA